AGAUUGUACCUUCCUAUUCGGGGGUACCAAGCUUACCCCCUUUUGAAAAGCUUGUUUCAGCAUGCCACAAAUUGCAUUUCUUGCAUUUUCCCCCGUUUUCAUUGUCAUCUCGUGCGAGAGACUUGCAGAAAGUAGUUCACCGAAGAUUUGCCCGUUUCACCUAUCUCCGUCUCUAUAAAAUCAGCCCCCAACACACAAACAGAGGAGAACCCUAAAAAUGGAUCACAGAAGGCCAACUCUUUGUGUUCUCGACGCUUCCUCUUAUGUUGGCUUAUGGGUCACCAAAGGAUUGAUAAACAGAGGAUACCCAGUUCAUGCAGCCGUUCAGAAAACGGGAAAUCCAGAGAUUGAGAAGACUAUUAGAGAGAUGGGUAAAGUGGAGAAUGGGCUGGUGGUGUUUCCUGCGGAUAUCAUGGAUUACCAGAGCAUUCUUGUGGCUUUGAAAGGGUGCUCUGGUUUGUUCUGCUGUAUGGACACCCCCCAUGUGUAUGAUGAAAAAAUGGUGGAUUUGGAGGUGAGAGGGACAAUUAAUGUUGUGGAGGCUUGUGCUCGGACAGAUACUGUUGAUAAGAUAGUCUUCACCUCCUCCUUGACUGCUGCCGUAUGGAGAGAGAAUAUUCUUUCUGAGAAGGAUGUGGAUGAAAGAUGUUGGAGUGAUAAAGAAUUUUGCAGAAAAAUGAAGUUGUGGUAUCCUCUAGCAAAGACACUCUCUGAACAAGCAGCCUGGGCUCUAGCAAUGGACCGUAGGCUGAACAUGGUGUCCAUUAACGCAGGACUUGUUCUUGGACCCGCUGUUGCAGAAGAAAAUUCAGUGUCAACAAUCUCAUAUCUUAAAGGAGCCGCUGAAAUGUAUGAAAAUGGGGUUCUGGCAGUGGUGGAUGUGAAGUUUUUGGUGGAUGUCCAUAUCCGAGCAAUGGAAGAUUCCUCGACGGGUGGUCGGUACUUUUGCUUCGAUCAGAUAGUGAAUAGUGAGGAUGAAACUAUUAAACUUGCUAAUACAUUGAGGCCAUUGAUAUCCAUUCCACCGAGAUACGAAGGGCAAGGGAGGGAAGGUUUUGCUGAGAGGCUGAGAAGCAGGAGAUUGCACAAACUGAUAGAGGGCGCAGCUUCUUGAUAACUUUUGAAUGUAAAACCUUUUGGUUUUCUUGUAUGCAUCUCUCGCUUCCCUCGUUCUCUCUUCUACCUCUCAUCUUCUUCUUCUUCUACUUCUACCUUUUGAAUGUAAGACCUUUUUGAUUUCACAUGUUCAGAGCUACGGAGAGAGAGAGAGAGAGAGAGAGUAGCCAGCUGAAAGCCAAAAUGCUUUCCUUGUUUUGGAAAUGUUUUGUUUCGUUUUAUGGGCCUUGGGUUCAAGAAUCAAUUUUGUUGAAACCCUAAGCCCAUUAUCCAGUCCAUUAACAGCGAUUACAGGUGGGCUUAGUCUCGUCGGGUUUUGGGGGGAAAUGGCACGGCAAUUCUCAAGGUGCGACCAUUCUCGUUUUGACAUUUGAGAAUUUUCCCGUCUCAUUGCGUACGAUGGAUCUUUAUUUUGUUGCUGAGAAGACGAAUAUUGUUGCUACAUUGUGAACAAUUGAAUCCGGACGGCAUCCGAAGGAAAUCAUUUGAUAUCGAUCGAAAUGUAUCUGGCUUCAAAUUUGUUCAACUACGAACACUGGUAAAGAUAUGAUUAUUGAAGUUACUUUCUUAAUUGUUGAUCUUUUAGCUUUUAUGCAGGAUUUUCCAGAUUUUGUAUUACUCUCGGUAUCAGUUUUUAGCAUAAGCAUGAAAACUUGAAUUGAAAGCGGUAGAGCUGAAUUCAGAAGGUAAAAUCUUCAAGACAGCAAUCUGAGGCAGCUCACGCCGUCUUCUUCUUUUUGUUCUUCCUCUUCUCUACGUACUUGUACAGUUCAGGCUUGCAGAAUACUUGUCUUUUACUGCUAAAUUUUUUCCGUCCAAAUGUUUAUCGAAACAACAAAAUAUCAGUUGUGUACAGUGAGUCUCAAUUAUUGCAAGUUUUCUUUAACUA